CCCGUGGUCGGUGGCGUUGAGGUCGCAGAGCGAGUAGAAGCACGGCGGCCCGUGGAAGAAGAGGCGACGGAUCCCGAGGCUUCUGGCCGCGCCGGCCGCCCACGGGUUGCACCAGUCGGAGACGAUGCAGCUCGGCCGCGGCGCCUGCGCUCGCAGGUACGCUUCCAGCGGGCCGGCGAGCUUCCGCAGAGCGUCGAACAGGGGGACGAAGUGGCCGUUGUCCGUGACCUGGUCCAUGUUCUCGAUGCCCGGGGGCAGGCCGUCCACGUCCGUCGGGAACGGGAGCUCCACGAUCUCGAGGGGCAGCUUGGCGCGCGCGGCCUGCUCGGCGACGCCACGCAGCCGUGCGCCGUUCAGCGGUGUCGUCACCAGGCUCGCGCGCGCGCCGCGCUCCGCCAGGAGGAGGGCGAGGUCGACCAUGGGGAUGGUGUGGCCCUGCGCCACGAGGGGGACGAUAACGAAGUGAGGUGGCGGCGGCGGUGGCGCUGGCGUAUCAGCAGCCGAUUCCUCGGUGGGCACCAUGGACGACGUGCGUGCUAA